AUGCACUUAAAAAAUGUUGAUACUCUUUCUGCACUUCCAGAGGGUUUGCAUUCAUUUCCCGAAGUUUGCUUUAUUGGCAAACCAAAUGUUGGCAAAUCAACUCUAAUAUCUUGUUUACUUCAUAAUCCCAAGUUGGGAAAGGGUGGCAGAAUAGCGGGUACAACUCGGUUAUUGCAGUUCUUCAAUGUCGGAGACGCUUUGCUUCUUGUGGAUACCCCUGGCUACGGCGGAUGGGGUAGACGCAAUCUUUCUCAAAAGUACUGUAAGCGUGCUGAUGCAUUUGCCAUUCUAUUUCGAUAUCUUGCGCUUCGCAAAGAACGAAAUCUUAAAAGAGUGUACUGGCUUAUUGAGGCGUCCGCUACAACACCGGUGUCGAUACAAGCUAGAGAUGAGGAAAUUCUUACUUUUCUUCGUCGUGAAGGAGUUCCAUUUUCCGUCAUUUUGACCAAAAUAGAUCGUCAUAGGCGGCACUACUUAGAUCAAUACCACAGGUCCGACGCUUUGGGAAGGAAUGGGUCAAUCUUUCAAACGUCCAUGCGAAACAUCCGCUUGCCGAUUCCUACUCCUUUAGAGGGAUUACGCCGUAACAUUCAGGAAGUAUGCGCAUUUCUGGGCACAGAGAGCGUUCCUAUUAUUGGUGUUUCCGCUAACCGUCAGUGUCCGACGCGUUGCGAAAACCUGAGUCUGUUGCAGCACGAUCUGGUUUAUUACUGCACUCAGGAGCUUUGUAGUGAAUCACAGCUAAGGUAUGCGGAUCUUCAUGACUUAAGUUACUUUCCCCCAUCAGCAGAAGAUAUUCAGAAGAUUCAAAGAAAGUAUCCAAUAGAAGCGUUUAUUAUUCCACAAGAUAAUCGCAGAAGCUUGAAAAAAAUGGUGGAUUUACAUGAAGAUGCAAAAGCACGUUACGUGGCUUCCAAUUCUCGCGUUAACUUUUUCACUGCCAUUGAUGCAAAGGAAUGUAAUCUUUUAGAUUCUCGGCGAAAUUCUGGUGUGAAAAUAGAAGAGGAUUAUCACAGUCCCAAUGUUGAAACACUCUCUCCAUCAGCCUGCAUGUCAGUGGGCGGAACUCCACUGCCACUUGAUGUUAAAAAAUCAUCACCUGAGGCGCAGGACUGUCCUUUUCUUUCUAGAGACGAUAAUGCCAACGAAACUUUUUCCAUAUAUAAUGUAAAAAAUGCAAGAAGCAUACACCUUGAUGCUGUCUCUGGAGUUACGAGCGAAACGAAAAGCUCUACGGAUCAGGAUUUUUUUUCAUUGUCUCAGGGUAACAAAUCUUCUUCAUCAAGUAACAUCUCAACUACACUAUUAUCAUCUUCAGAGCCAAUCACAGAAACGGUCAUGACCAUAAAUGGCGUUCAUAUUCCUCGGAGUAUGAUUUUGACCUCGGUUGAAGAGUUGGCAAAAACAAAGGAUGACGAGUUACCGUGGCUUGGAGGUAAAUUAGGGAUAUGUACCUAUGAAAAAAUAAUAUCACAAGAUCCUCUGGAUUGUGCUAGCACACCUUUUUUCAUUCAGCACGAUUCCGAAGCACAAUUAUCCGAAGCGGAACACGAUUCUAUUCAGCGAGUGCACGUGUCCUCUGCAGCCAAAAGGCGAAAGGAGCGACUGCUUAAUAAAUAUUUAUCAAAAAAAAGAAAAGACCGUUCCAUCUAUUUACACGCGGAGGGCUACAUGUGCCCAUGGCUUGCAGGUGCUGGUCAAGACAACCGACAAGCUGUCAUGGGAUUAGACAGCAUUACAGGGGAUUUUAUAGGAAAGGGCACCAUCUUGAAGGGCCUCAAAAAAAGUGGAUUUGGAGGUAAAAGCUAUUCUGCUAAAACACUUCGAAACCGCGGCCGCUCAACCAAAAAGACUGGUUUUUGGGCAGCUUAA